AUGCCUUCUUCUUGGGUGUCGGGCGUGUUUUGCGCUCUGAGCAUCUUGGCCGGUGUGUCCGCCCUUUCAUAUGAUGAUUCGGUAUCCAAGUCGUCCCUCGAGAAACAAUUUUCUCAAGAGUUUCGAGAUGGCUAUAGUAUUCUAAAGCACUAUGGCGGUAAUGGACCCUACUCAGAGCGUCGGUCAUUUGGCAUUUCUCGCGAUCCGCCAGAGAGCUGUGCCGUUGAUCAAGUAAUUAUGAUCAAGCGCCACGGCGAGAGAUAUCCUUCACCAGCCCUCGGUGAAGGUAUUGAAGCCUCUCUUGCUAAGCUUUCCAAUGUGACGGAGCUCAAGGGGGAUCUCACUUUUGUCAAAGAUUGGAACUACUACGUCCCCAACAAGUGCUGGUAUAAUGCCGAGACUUUCAGCGGGCCUUACGCUGGCUUAUUGGAUGGUUACCAGCACGGUUCCGACUACCGUGAUCGCUAUGGCCACCUUCUGGAUGAGGAUAUUGUCGUGCCCUUCUGGAGUAGUGGCUAUGGCCGUGUUAUCAAUACUGCACGCAAGUUUGGCGAAGGCUUCUUCGGUUACAACUACUCGACAAAUGCGGCUCUAAACAUAAUUUCAGAGUCGGAGACAAUGGGUGCCAACAGUUUAACUCCUACUUGCGAUACCGAUGAUGAUUACACUACCUGUGACAAUCUCACCAAUGUUAUGCCACAGUUUAAGGUUGCUGCAGCUCGUCUGAAUACUCAGAACCCUGGUCUUGGGCUUGACGAGCUAGACAUUUAUUACCUGAUGUCCAUGGCUGCAUUUGAGCUGAAUGCUCGUGCCUUUUCGGAUUGGAUCAAUGUCUUUACCCAGGACGAGUGGGUGAGCUUUGGCUAUGUGCAGGACUUGGACUACUAUUACUGCGCCGGACCCGGCGACAAGAACAUGGCUGCGGUUGGGGCUGUCUAUGCCAAUGCUAGUCUGACUCUUCUGAACGAAGGUCCCAAGAAAGCCCAUCCUCUGUACUUCAACUUUGCCCAUGACACUAACAUUACUCCCAUUCUUGCCGCCUUGGGUAUCCUUGUUCCUGAUGAGGACUUGCCCCUUGACCGUAUUCCUUUUGGCAACCCCUACUCAACCGGAGACAUCGUGCCGCAGGGAGGCCAUCUCACCAUCGAGCGUCUUAGCUGCGAUGCCACCGCUCUUUCAGACGCUGGAACUUACGUUCGCCUGGUCCUCAACGAGGCAGUCGUUCCAUUCAAAAAAUGCACCUCCGGACCCGGUUACUCUUGCUCACUGAAGGAUUAUACCUCAAUCGUGUCAAAGAGCCUCCCCAGCUACACUUCCACCUGCAAGGUCCCUAAAUCUUAUCCUCAGUCACUUGACUUCUGGUGGAACUAUAACACCACCACGAAUCUGAACUACCGCACCAAGCCUGUUGGUUGCCAGGAAGGCGCGACCUUGGAUUAA